AUGGGUAACGUUUCAAUAGUGGUUUACAUGACACCAAGAAAGGAUAACAAGGUGGAGUCGAGGUCCAGCAAGGGUGCAACACUAAAUGAGCUGGUUGAGCUCAAAGGUUGUUCUUCCAGCCUAUUUUUCGAGUGCAGAAAACAUAAAGAUCUUUAUCUAUGUAUCGCAAAGUGCCCUAGUGGGCCAUCUGUGAAGUUUUUAGUUAAUGCCAUGCAUACAAUGGAAGAAUUGAAGCUUACAGGGAACCAUCUGAAAGGUUCCCGUCCAAUUUUAACAUUUUCAUCAAAUUUUGAUAAAGAUGUCCACUAGAAACUUCUGAAGGAAAUGAUUAUUCAGGUACCAAUGGCAAAGUUUUGUCUUUAACAAUUAAUUUUUGAAUGUUGAAAUGAUUUUUCAUUCUUACUCGUGGAUCAAUGUAUGAGGCAAAUGUCAAUUUCCUUGUCUUUCUUCAUUAAACGCAUUUUUUGCUCAUUUCCUUGCUCCUUCAAUCCAAAGCUAACAUCGUAUUGAAUUGAUAAA